UUCUGCUCACACUUUGUACAAUAAUACUACAUAUAGAAUACACAUCAUAAUCACACAUAUAUUAUAGUUUCACUCUAUAAAUUAUAUUUUGUUCAAUCUUUUUUGUAUUUUCUUCUAAUAUCUGUAAAAAUCUCUAUCUUGACUCUCCUCUUUGUUGCUGUUAUACUAAAAACGUACUUUACUUUAGUGGUGAUUAGUGUUGAUUUGUAAAAUGGCAUCACACCUGCUCACUUUUACUACUUACAGGCCAAGGCAGCCAUUUUAACUUGUUCCAGGUAAAUCUCAUGUGUCGCUCUGAUAUCUGAAGCCAUGUCACUGAGCCACAGGAACAACACCUGAAGAGCUGGAUCCCAAACGAAAUCCUGGUGUGGAAGGAGCUGGACUAUGGCACCAUGGCGGAGAGUGAAAAGCAGAUGCUGGUGUCAGAGGUGAACCUCCUGCGGGAGCUCAAGCACCCGAACAUCGUGAGAUACUACGACCGCAUCAUAGACCGCACCAACACAACGCUGUAUAUUAUCAUGGAGUACUGCGAGGGCGGAGACCUGUCCAGCCUCAUUGACCGCUGCAUCAAGGAAAGGCGUUAUCUGGAGGAGCAGUUCAUCCUGCGAGUCAUGGCGCAGCUCACGUUGGCCCUGAAGGAGUGCCACAGGCGCAGCGACGGCCGGGCCACCGUUCUUCAUCGAGACCUGAAACCAGCCAACAUCUUCCUCGACAUCAGACAGAACGUCAAGCUCGGAGACUUUGGCCUUGCCAGGAUCCUGAAUCAUGACACCAGUUUUGCAAAGACAUUUGUUGGGACACCGUACUACAUGUCUCCAGAGCAAAUAAACCAGCUGUCGUACAACGAGAAGUCAGAUAUUUGGUCACUGGGAUGUUUGCUGUAUGAACUAUGUGCAUUAUCGCCUCCAUUCACUGCUUACAACCAAAAGGAGCUGGCAGAGAGGAUCCGAGAGGGAAAGUUCAGGAGAAUCCCGUACCGCUACUCUGAGGAACUGAAUGGCUUACUCAGCAAAAUGCUCAACUUAAAGGACUACAUGAGGCCCUCGGUGGAGUCCAUUCUCCAGAGCAGCCUGUUGGCGGAUGCGGUUGCUGAGGAGCAGAGGAGGGCCGAGGCGCGGGUCCGGAGGAAGUCGGCGGACCCUGACCGACCUCUUCCGAAGCCGGCGGAACCAGCUCCCGCCUCUGCUGCUGAGCUCCAACUCAAGGAACAGGCGCUGAGGGACAGAGAGACGGCUUUGAAGGAACGUGAAGAGAGGAUGGAGCAAAGAGAGCAGGAGCUGUGUGUUCGUGAACAGCUGUCAAACGAGAGGAUCGCACGGGCCGAGCGUUUACUGAAGAAUUAUACCCGUCUCCAGCAGCAGAGGGACCUGUCACCAUUAUAUGGCAAAGACAUAGAUGAGGACAGCCUCUCCCCGGGAAAGAGGAAGGUCCACUUUGCUGGUGAGAGCAAAGAGAACCAGCGUCCCCACGGCCGUCGGAGCGUGACGUCCCAGGAGCUGAUACUGAGGAGGCUGCAGGCGGCAAACGUGCGCGGCCUCACGCUGCAUGAAGUGGAGAAGGCCUGUCAGUUCAAGAGCAGACAGAUCCUCGGCUUCCGCUGACCACAUGGGACGUCUCUGUUUGUUGUGCGAUGGAAGGCUCUGAGUCAUGAUAACUGGAUGUAAAUAAAGAUUUAUUUAUGAUUAUUUAGUUGCUAUGCAAGGAGUGAUGACAUUUCAAGCCAGUUUAUUCUCGUGUGUGUGUGUGUGUGUGUUUUUUAAGAAGUGUGUUGAUGUUUUAAUGUUAUAGGCAGCUAGAGAGAUUGUGAAAUGUUAACUUUAUUCUUGCUGUAUAUUUUUAAACAUGUGAAGUUUUCUUUUUGUUAUGACCAAGUAUCUAAGAAGUGAAAACAAUAACUGAACCUGUGAUGAAAUGAACAUGUGAACUAUGCAAAAAAAGAUGUGAAUUCAUUUGUUUUACGCUGCAUUUCCUGAUUUAAAAACUAUAAAUUACCCACAAGGACUUAAGAUGUCCCUCCUAAAGAGAUGUAUACUCUCAAUGUUCAUAGUGAAAUGCAGCUAUUUGAGUUUAGUUUGAUGUAAUUUAUAAAAUAUAUAAAGGUUAAGCUAUUGUAACUGAAGUUGGGAUUUAAAGAAAAAAAUUGUAUCAAAACAUUCACUCUAAAAAAAGUAAUUAAUUUACAUCUCAAUUACACCACAUUGACACUUUAAUCAAAUCUGAUAGUUUCCACAAGGGGUCAUCAGUUUCCCCCUGUACUGAGUCUUUACCCGUCAUUACCACACAGUGUGAUUACUGCCAUCACACCUCACAACUCAUUUGUUCUUGAUUAAAAAUAGAUUAACGGACGUUGUUGUAUUGAGG